AUGCUGGGCCUGCUGUGGGCCCGCCAGGCCGGUUUGGACGAACCGAGGCGGCUCCGGAGGGCCGAGGCUGCCCGCAGGGUUCUGAGUCUGGAGCUAAACAAGGACCGGGAUGUGGAGCGAGUCCACAGCAGCGGCGUCAAUACUCUCGACAUCGAACCUGUGGAAGGGAGAUACAUGCUGUCGGGUGGUUCGGAUGGCGUUAUUGUGCUCUACGAUCUGGAGAACUUCAGCAGAAAACCUUACUAUACAUGCAAAGCCAUCUGCUCAGUGGGCAGGAGUCACCCUGCGGUUCACAAGUUCAGCGUGGAGACGGUUCAGUGGUAUCCUCACGACACUGGCAUCUUCACCUCAAGCUCCUUUGAUAAAACUCUGAAAAUCUGGGACACAAACACCUUACAACCUGCAGAUGAGUUUCAUUUUGAGGGGACAGUCUAUAGUCACCACUUGUCUCCAGUUGCCACCAAGCAUUGCUUGAUAGCAGUUGGUACCAAAAGCCCCAAAGUACAACUUUGUGACCUGAAGUCUGGAUCCUGUUCCCACAUUCUUCAGGGUCACCGGCAAGAGAUAUUGGCAGUUUCCUGGUCUCCACGCUCAGAAUAUAUCCUGGCAACCGGGAGCGCUGACAGCCGCGUGAAACUGUGGGAUGUGAGAAGAGCAAGCGGAUGUCUGGCUACCCUGGAUCAGCACAAUGGAGAAAAGUCGAAAGGCUCUUCUGAAGCAGCCAAUACCGCUCACAACGGGAGAGUGAACGGCCUGUGCUUCACAAGGGACGGGCUCCAUCUUCUGACCGUGGGGACGGAUGACCGGAUGAGGCUGUGGAACAGCUCGGCUGGGAAGAACACGCUGGUAAAUUAUGGAAAAGUCUGUAACGAAAGUCGAAAAGGAUUGAAAUUCGCCAUCUCUCAUGGCUGCAGUCCGGAAUUUGUUUUUGUGCCAUAUGGAAGCACCAUUGCGGUGUACACUGUGUACUCGGGAGAACUGAUAACCAUGCUCAGGGGACAUUAUAACACCGUGGACUGCUGUGUGUUCCAGCCUAACUUCCAGGAGCUGUACAGCGGCAGCCGUGACUGCAACGUCCUGGCUUGGGUGCCCGUGCUCCGCGAGCCAGUCCCCGAUGAAGACAGUGAUAAGGCCCUCCCGCGAUCACAGGUGAAUCCAGCUUUUGAAGAUGCUUGGAGCAGUACGGAUGAAGAAGGGUGAACUUCAGCCCCCCGGCAAACAAAGGGCUGAUCUCUCUUCUGCCGAUGAUGGCCCAGGCGAGGGCCUGUGUUCCGGGAGCCUUUGGAAGCUUUGGGCACCUCGCUGCCCUGCUGGGAGGAGACAUCAAACCUGUCUGCUGCGUCUUUGGAUUCCCUUCUCGUCUUCCGAGGCCCUGGCUUCUUUUAGAAGAAAGCUGUUGGCCUUUCCCAAAUGAGACUGUAUCGAUGAGCACGCAACAUUUCGUGAGCUCAAAAUGGACCUGAAGCCGUGUGUGUUUGUGUGUGUGUGUGAGUGAGAGAGAGAGAGAGAGAGA